AUGACGCUUAAAGGUUGGAGACUUAUAUUAAACAGAGUAUUAUUUAUACCACAGCGAUAUGUAUUGGGUAUUUUGGGAUUAUUUGCUCUUGCAAAUUCUUUUACAAUGCGCGUAUGCCUCAGUAUGACAAUAACUCAAAUGGUGGUACACACACCUCCAUCUGAACAUAUUAUUGGUGAAACCUGCCCAGAUACAUCCGCAAGCAGUAACCACACAAUUGGAAACGCCACAAUAAUUUAUGCGGGUCGAGAAAGAUACGACUGGAGUGAAGCCACACAAGGUUUUCUACUAAGCGCUUUCUACUACGGCUAUGUACUUACACACUUGCCUGGAGGCAUUUUAGCAGAAAAAUUUGGUGGAAAAUGGACUGUUGGAGUAGGGUUGCUGUGUACUUCCUUGGCAACUAUUCUCACUCCAUGGGCAGUCAGUUUUGGUGGAGCGACAGGAUUAUUCAUUAUUAGAGUAAUUGAAGGUGCUGGAGAGGGUCCCGUAACCCCUGGAUUCGUGUUACUAUUAGCACGAUGGGUUCCCCCAUCGGAGAGAUCAACGUUUGGUGCCAUGAUAUUUGGAGGUGCACAAAUAGGAAAUAUAUUUGGUCCAUAUAUAUCUGGCCUUCUUUUAGCCAAUGGCGGUGACUGGGCUAACGUCUUUUAUGUUUUUGGCACAUUAGGAGUUUUAUGGUUUUUAUUUUGGAUAAUUUUAUGCUAUAGUACUCCAAACACACAUCCUUUCAUAUGUGAUGAAGAAAGAGACUAUUUGAAUGGAAACAUUACAGCUUCUGGUCUUCAUAAGAAGUUGAAUCCUGUACCUUUCAAGGCUAUUUUACGAUCUAGACCAUUGUGGGUGUUGGUAAUGGCAGCUAUUGGUCACGACUGGGGAUAUUUCACAAUGAUCACAGAUCUCCCCAAAUAUUUUUCGGAUGUACUUAAAUUUAAUAUAAAAGAGACGGGUCUGAUGUCGGCACUUCCAUAUAUUGCUAUGUAUAUUUUUUCAUUUGUAUUUGCAAGUUUAUGUGAUCUAUGCAUAAAAAAGAAGUGGCAUAGUAUUGGUACUGGCAGAAAAAUUUACACAACGCUAUCUUCUUCCGUACCGGCUGUUUUUAUUAUUCUGGCCUCGUACUCGGGUUGUAAUCGACUUGCGGCUGUCGCUUUAUUCGUCGCUUCCAUGGCGUUCAUGGGAGGAUUUUACAGUAGCGUCAAAAUUAAUGCUAUGGAUAUUGCUCCCAACUAUGCAGGCACGUGUUCCGCCUUCGUCAAUGGUAUUGCAGCUAUCUCUGGGAUAAUAACGCCUUAUCUUGUUGGUUUAUUGACACCUGACCAAACAAUUGAACAAUGGCGCAUAGCAUUUUGGACUGUAUUUGCUGUGUUAGUUGGGACCAAUAUCGUGUAUGUUAUUUGGGGGUCCGGUGAACAACAAUGGUGGGAUGAUGUGGACAAGUUCGGGUACCCAUCUAAUUGGAAACACGGUCCACUUGCAAAACGUACUCCAGCUCUGAAUACAGAAAAAAAAGUUGUGUAUCCAAAACAUGAUCACUCACCAGUCACAAUUGAUUAA